CGUUGGGGCAGCGCCGCUCCGAGCAGCUUAGAUAACAUGAAGAUGGAGGACUAUGAAAUAUUCUGUAGGAAGCAUCUUUCCAGAAUCCAAGAAGAGACAACAAAAGGAGAAACCUCUUUGACCAUUCAGAACAAAAAUGUGUCUCUCAUUCAGUUCUGCGGAGUCCCUGUGCUUUCCCCUCUGCUUAGUCUUGAAAAGAAAAAGGAAAUACAGCAGUAUAAGGAGAAAGCACUGGAGCUAGAGACCAGGAAAUGGAAGUCCCAGAAAAAAGCUUUAUUGAAUCGUGUUCAGGAGAUCGUAGAGAAUGUCCAGAUGAAGAAAGGACUUAGUAUGAGUGACAUGAACACAUCGAAGGCUGAGAGUUCUUGCCCUGAUUUGGAUUCAAAGGCUUUGACUGACUGCACAGCUCUAUCAGAUGUCAAUUCAGCAUAUUCUCCUGAAGAACACGGUUCCAUGGAGCUGGGGAAGACACCAGAACUUAGACCAUCAGAUAGUGCAGGGCAUGUAUCACACAUGACAUCAAGUGUGACAGAAGUAGUUAAAGCAACAGAAGAAAAUGUUUCUUCAAAGCCAGGUGAGAGUCUCUUCUCAGAAGACGCGCCGUGUCCGAGGGCCGCAUCUCCUGACAAGGUGUGUAACAAGCUCCCAUCUCACGCUCUGCAGAAGCAGGAGGGACGAGUGGGGUCACCAUCGGAUGAAGAUGUCCAAGAUCCAUGUGUAAUGAGUCUUCAGAACCUGAUAAAGAAGUCUAGGGAGUACAUAGAGAAAGAGCAAAGCAAGCGUACCUCAAAAAGCAAUUCAAAGAGGAGUACGAGUGAAAGUCAUUCGGAUAAAGAAAAUGAUGGUGUUAAAACAACUGACUCUGUGAAAGAGAGGGCAAAGUUUAUGGGCAGAAGUUGCACUGCUCAGAUGCUUGAUAAACCCAGUCUUAAUAAAUCAAAUACCCUUCUCCAAGGUGCUUCUAUUCAUACAAAUAACACAAGUAUAUCCACUUUAUCCAGUUUUUCUAAAGUAGACAUACCUAUGAGAGUUGGAACACCCCCUUUGGUGGAUUCAGAUUCAGAUGAGGAGUUGAAAAAGAAUUCAGUGUUUGAGCGUGACAAGAGCACUCUCAGGAGCCUCACAAGCUCUUAUGCCAAAUUGCCAAGCCCAGAGCCAAGCAUGAGCCCUAAAAUGCACCGACGGCGCCCAAGACCUUUAUCCAUGGGACACAUCAUUAUAAACAACCCUGUGAAUGCUUACGAGUUAAGUCCUAAAGGCAAGGGUAGAGCAAUGGAUUUAAUCAUGCAGGAUAUUGCAGAUAAAAACAACGUGUCUGAAUCUGUGCCGAAGUUCAUGGUGGAUUUCACCACAGUUUGCCCUGGCAGAGUUCCUGGUGUCAGCAGGAAUUCCUUGGGCCCUUGUGAUGGGUUGGGGGCUGCCAAACCAAACCGCCAUUCCUUGGGGCUCUUUGAAAGCAGAGGAACAGUGUCAGCUAUGGUGGAAAGACAGGUGGUGAUGGACCAUAGCAGAGGGCCAUAUAAAGUAGAGAGCAGUACUAGUAUGGCGCCUCCAAAAGUGAAUGAGUCCCUUGCCAUCAGUCAGUCUGCAGUGACACAGAAGGUCCUGGCUGGGAAUGAAAUGAAACCAGCUACUUUGCCAGAAAACACUAAAUGUAAUUCUCCAGUGGAACUCAAUAAAUCAUAUGAUGUGGAAAAUCCAUCUCCACUACUAAUGCAGGGCAAGAAUAUGCGACAGCAGAUGGAUAAUACUCCAAGUGUUUCCUCAGCAAAUGAGCAGUUCCCAGAAAAUUUUGAAAAGGUAAAACGUAGACUUGAUUUGGACACCGACAACUGCCAAAAAGAAAACAGUUCCUGUGUUCUAGGAGUUGCAGUGGAAGAACAAGAGAAGCAGUGGUUGCAAGAACAGAAAUAUCCUGUGGGAUCAGUUUACAUUGCCAAUAAUGCAGUCCUUGAAAAUAUGGCGAAAGAAGAUAUUUUAAAAACAAAAAUGCUGGCCUUUGAAGAAAUGAGAAAGAGACUAGAAGAACAGCAUGCACAACAGCUAUCAAUUCUGAUAGCUGAACAAGAGAGAGAACAGGAGAAGUUGCAGAAGGAACUGGAAGAGCAGGAGAGAAAGUUGAAAGGAAAGAAGGUUACUACAACGGAAAUAGAAAUUUCCAAAGUGAAUAUUAACAGUAGGAUGGAGUUGGAGUGGAGGAAAAAAAGUGAAAGUGGCUUGCUGGAAAAUGUGCAGUCUCAGCUGGAGACAGUCCACAACACAAACUCCACCAGCAUUGGUUUUGCUCAUACAACACCCAACACCUUUUCUUCAACAAGUGAAACUUCAUUCUAUCUCUGGGGACCAUCAGGUAGUGGAGUUAUAAAAACCUCAGUAUGCAGGCCAAGUAACAGGAUCAAAACCAGGUGGACUCAGGUUUUCAGUCCAGAGAUACAAAUGAAGUUCGACAAGAUCACUGCAGUGGCAAAGGGAUUUCUCACUCGUAGACUCCUGCAGACAGAAAAACUGAAACAUCUUAAGCAAACUGUAAAAGAUACUCUGGAGUUCAUAGAAAAUUUUCAGUCUGAAGCCCCAUUGAAAAGAGGAAGUGUGUCAGCACAAGAUGCAUCCCUUCAUGAAAGAGUAGUGGCUCAGCUGCGAGCUGCUCUGUAUGACAUCCAUGACAUCUUUUUCACGGUGGAGGCAUCAGAGAGGAUGAAUAUUCUGCGUCACGAUCGUGAAGUUCGUAAAGAGAAGAUGCUCAGGCAAAUGGAUAAAGUGAAGAGCCCAAGAGAGCGAGUGACACUUUCAACAGCUACACAGAAAUCUCUGGACAGGAAAAAGUACAUGAAGGCUACAGAAAUGGGAAUGCCAAGCAAAAAAAUAAUUAUAAAACAAAAAACUCCUGAAAACCGCAUACUUCAGCCAAACCAAGGACAGAAUGCCCCAGUUCAUAGACUGCUUUGCAGACAAGGAACCCCUAAGACCUCAGUGAAUGGGGUUGAGCAAAAUAGAAGGAAGGCCUCAGGGAGCAGAGUGUCUUACAAGGCUGUUUCAGGAGCAUAUGCAGGAAGAACCCAAAGAAAGAAGCCAAAUGUUGUGACAAUUUAAGAAGACAGCAUUCACUGGGAUAAAAUGGCUGUGUUUUAAUGAUGGCAUUCUCAGCCCUGAUUUUUAAUGUUGCAUCUUCUUUACAUAUAUGUAUAUUCAGACAUUAUAUACCUACUUUGCAAUUUUCAGAUGACACAUUAACACAAUCAUAUUGAAAUUGCUUUGAAGCUCUAAUGCUUGUGGGAAAAUUGCAUGUUAGAACUUGUGUACAGACUAGUCUUAAUAUAUAAAAGAUUCAUAAUCUUGUUUAUUUAAAGACUACCACAGGGCAAUAUGAAGGUAAUUUGUGACUUUUUCACACUUUCUAAUUCUAGUAUCUGACAUAUGCUUUUUGCAUUACUUAAAUUGCAAUUUCUGUGUAUGAGUGCCACCAUAAGUAAGUCAAGGGUAUGUAUUUAGUUUCAUACCAUGAAGUUAAAGCAGCUAAAUGUGAACAAAAACCCCAAAGUUAAUUUAAACAGAGCUGAGCUUUCAAGUUAGUGAAUUUGUCAGUAGCUGUUUGGAAUGUACUUUAUGUAGGAAUGAGAUCAGCUCAGUUUCUGUACUAAAGGCCUUUUACCAAAUGUUUUGCAUUUCUGCUGAGCUGAACAGAUGUGGCCCAGAUUUAGUGCUGUGCUGAUGGCCAUACUUACACUGACCAAACCAAAACUGUGCAUUUAUGUGUGUGGUAGAUCAAACCACUUUACUGAAAGAGCCCUGGGUUUUUAUUGCCCUCUAUCUACUGCAUUUUUUAAUGGAAACAACACCUGUCCAGUAUGGAGAUGUGUAUGGUCUACAAAAAACUUCAGAAGGUAAGAUUUUAACUGUUUUACCAUUUCAGACUUAAUUAUUUCAGUCUGUAAUAGUAAUUCAGAUAUGUUAUAUUUAAUUGAUGACACUUGCAGUUUUUCUGAGCAGUUUAUCUUUUGCUGUGAUCUAACAGGCCCUUAUACUGAAGUAAUGAUUUCUGCAGGUGGGGAAUACCAAUCAAAUCCCAACACUUUCAUAUUUAUGAAUAUUUAACAUUAAAAGAUCAUGGUCAUAUUUUACCUUAGUCUUCCAGCAUGGAUAUUAUCCAUCAACUUGAGGAGAGCAUAAUUCUCCUUCUUUUAAUGAACUUGAGACAUGAUAUUAACAAAGUUCUGGAGAGAAAAGCUUGUUUGUAUAAUCUUUGCAGAUUGCAAAUUUGCAUAAAGAUUGCCAGAAUGUAAAUUAGGUUAUAUUUUGUUACUUUCCCAGUAUCAAUACAACACACUAAACUUUGGAGGCUUUGUAAUGUGUUGACAUGAAUGUAAGAGAAAAAAGACUAACUGAAAAUUUCAUUGUGGUAAAUAGCACGAAAGAGGAACAUUAACAAUGGCAUGAGGCCAGUACCUUCAUGGUCAGUGAUGAGUGGCUUGGCUUGACUGUGGCACCAGGCUGUGGCUUUUAUCUACCACCAAGUCUUUAUACCAGGCACUAAGUUACAAUUUGCAUGCUUGGAAAAUGGCAAAAAACACUGCCCAAGCAUUUUGAAGAAUGACACUGCUCCAUUUGUUGGAAAGCCUGGGGCCAGGGGCCUUAAUGGUGUAAACGUAAGAGUUUACACCAGUGGAAGAACCACCUCCUUCAUACAAAUACUGUGGUGCUUUAAAAUCUCACUUGUAAUACAGAAAAUGCCCGAGACAAGUUUUCUUGUUCACCCGGUGGCCAUCAAAGCUGUGUUUUAGUUCCCAGCUUUGCUUAGGAAUGGAAAAUCUCGGGAGGGGAAGAAUUUCCAGUGACAAGAGUCACCUGUGUAAAAGGUGACAAAAGGUGCUGUUGAUAUGGCAGCACUAAAGAAUGAUGUUUUUAUUGGGUGUUUUAUGUGCUGUAUUUGUUAUUAGCAUAGGCAAUAUGUUGAUGCACAGAUAGGUUUAGUGUGUUAGUAGAAGUGAAUGUUUCCCUUCUCUAGGGUUUCACAUCUAAACCUCUUGUUCUUCAAGCAUGUUUCCAGUGUGUAAUAAAGCAUUAUAGCACAAGGUUUGUUUUUUUUUUAACUUUCAUGAGGCCUUUCUCUUUACAAGUGCCAGAAUUUGGUUUUGUACUUGCUGUUUUGUAUUUAUACAUAUUUAUCAUUUUAUUUUGUGUGGAAUUGCGAUACCAUUACAAAAGUCUAUUUAUUUUUGUACUUUGUUUCGUUUUCACCAGUCUCGCUUAUUACCUGAAGCAUUCUGCACAAUA